AUGUCCAUUGGCGUGCCCAUCAAAGUUCUGCAUGAAGCAGAGGGUCACAUUGUGACCUGUGAGACCAACACUGGUGAAGUGUACAGGGGAAAGCUCAUUGAGGCUGAGGACAACAUGAACUGCCAGGUAGGUCUUCAGACUGCCUUUAGGGUUCAGACAAAAUAACUUGUUUUAGGGGAUAUUUGUGAGCUCAUCGGUAUAGGAGGGAUUUGUUUGUCCCUUUUACAGAGUUGUGUAGUAAGUGUAUAUAGCUUCCUUUCAGAUGGCCAAUAUCACUGUGACUCAUCGGGAUGGGCGUGUAGCCCAACUGGAGCAGGUCUAUAUCCGGGGCAGCAAGAUUCGCUUCCUGAUCCUACCGGACAUGUUAAAGAAUGCCCCUAUGUUAAAGAGCAUGAAAAACAAGAACCAGGGCUCUGGAGCAGGAAGGGGGAAGGCAGCCAUUCUCAAAGCUCAGGGUGAGUGCUGCUGCUUCUACAUGCACCUAUGGAGAAUUUGCACUCUAAGUAUUUAAUUUUUUUAUUUUUUCUGCAGUGGCUGCAAGAGGACGGGGUCGUGGUGGAGGAAUGGGAAGAGGAAACAUUUUCCAGAAGAGGCGAUAG